AAUUGAGGUGCCUGAGAUGGGGCCAGACACUUGGAUGGGGGCGGCUUGGUUCUCGCCAAGCGCUGACAUGCGAAGCUAAUGGGCCAAUUUCCCUCCCCUGACACGAUCGGUGCCGUCUCGAGGUGCUAUUUGAUCGAUCCCGGGCCCCGGCCGCCCUGCUCUGGCCAGCCCCGUCGCCCAAAUUCUCCCGUCUGUUGACUGUGUCUGAUGCGCCCAGCCAGCAUCACCAUCAGCCGCCCUGUUGCUUGUCGGUGCUUGUUCUACUCAAGGCUAGCUUUCCUGGCCUGUAAAGCCGGCCAGCGAUCGACAUCUCACCGGGCCCAAGGGAUACGCAUAUAAUUGGUCUGCCUCCUGCUCUUGUGAAACGGUAAGACAGGAAUCCUUCACCAGCGGCCGAAACAUCCAGUCAUCAAAAACCCCUUGCUCCGCCCGCCUGGGGACGGACAGUUGGACAAUAUGGCGGCGCCACCACCACCACCACAACCACUACCACAGGGCUACGACGACAAGCAGGUGUGCUACGCCGAGCAGCACGACCUCGACAUGUCAAAAAGCUCCGUCGGCCUGCACUCGGACGCGCCCGUUCCCGUAUCCGUUCCCAUCCCUGCAUCAGCAGCAGCAGCAGUGGCGGCGGCGGCAUCAGCAGCAUCACCCUGGCCAAACAACUACCAGCAGCAGCAGCAGCAGCAGCAGCAGCAGCAGCAGCAGCAGCAGCAGCAGCAGCAGCAACAGCAGCAAUACUCGCCGCCCCCACCGUCCAGCGCGAUCCCAAACUACCCGACGGACCAGCACGGCGCCUACCCGGCGUCGGUGGCCCCCUCGACGGGCUGGUACUCGGGCUCCCCGCCGCCGCCGCCCUCGGCCAUGUACGCGCCGACGCACGACGGGUUCGGGCCGCUGCCUCCUCCUCCUCCACCCCCGCAUGAGACGGCUGCGCGGGGCGGCGGCGGCGGCGACAAGGACGGCCUGCGCAUCCUGGGGCUGAGGCCCGCGACCUUCUUCCUCUCCAUCGCCCUGGUCCUUGUCAUCGUGGUCGCCGCCGUCGGCGGGGGCGUGGGGGGCUCGAUGGCGGUCGAGAACGCCAAGAGGGCUGCCGCAGCCUCUGCGUUGUCGGGGAGCGGGACGCCAUCGGCGGCGGUUGCCAGCACGGUGACGACGACAGUGUCGGUGCGCGCCACCGGCGGCGGCGCGUCGGCGGCAGAGACGACGCCCACGCCCACGCCCACGCCCACGCCCAACCGGACGGCCAAGAUAGCGGUCCCACCCACGCAGGGCGUCAUCGACUUCGACUGCACCAAGGUCCAGCCGACGCUCAACAUCAACCUCGACAAGCGCUUCUCGUUCGAGACCCUGUGCGGCCAGGACCUGGUAGGGGCCGGCAUCGACAUCCUCGGCAUAAUCGUCUACAACCACGCGCACUGCGCACAGGCGUGCGCCUCGUACAACCGCAACCUCGGCCGCAACGAGUGCGUCGCCGUCUCGUUCCAGGCCGACCUGGCGGUCCUGUCCAACUUUGGAAACUGCUUCUUGAAGAACAGCACGGGCUCGGUGGACAGGAAGUCGAACACGCAGAUUUCCUACAAGCUCAAGCUGGAUGGGUAA